CCCAACUUGGGCUCUGUCCUCCACCUCGAGCAAACGCUCCUGUCACAUGGGCAUCAUGGCAGGUGAGCACGACGUAGUCUGGUCUCGCACUAGGGCCAUAUAUAAUAAUCCUCUUCCACCACCAGAGUUGGACUCCUUACCUACACUUCAAGACCCCACCGCCUGGCAUACUUCACUAUAUUAUAAUGCUUCUUCCCAUAUCUAAAGCACAACUCAGAGGCUAUUCACGCCCUCACCAUGUCUAGCUCCAACAACCCCAACCCCACUAGCGACCCCCUGGGCAAUCGGUUCGCUCAUGUUUCUGUCCCCAAUGACGCCAACGUCGCCGUCUGGAACAUCUUCUGCGAUGGUAUGCACCUCUCCUUCCCCCAAUGUAUCUACCAACGCUAAUUAUACCAUCUCCUUAGGCCCUUUCACCAUCGACAUCGCUGCCGAGUCCAGCACCCCCCGAGCCAACCCCGCCCGUCCUCAAUUCCUAAAGGGUAUCACUUUCAACGCCGGAAAGGAAGAAGAAUGGAAAAGCACCGUUCUUCCCUACAUCCGCCUUUUGACCUUCACCGUCGCAUCCACCACAGACACCUUCUUCAUCAGCAAGAUGCUGCAAUCUCUUCCCGACAUCGACAAGAACAUCCCCAAAGUCGACAUGGACGGCUUUCACUGGUUUUCUGGCAUCACCGACAAUCGCGAUUCAAACCCGUUCCUCGCUCUCGCUUCGAAUCUGCCCAAGCUGCAGGAAAUGGCUUUUACUCUUCACACAUCUACGGUAACGGAUUCGAGGCUUGAUGAGCGACAGCUUCUGGAGCUGGAACAGACGGAUCCGGAGAGGUCCAAAGAGAGGAGGACGAGAUCGGUCAUGAAUGUUGUCAGUCGGUUCGGGAUGGAGACGAUCUUCAACAAUAAGUCUCUAAAGCAUGUCCGUCUGGUGUACAUCAAGAGCGAUAUGGUUGCCGCCUACACUGUUCAAGGCAAUCCGGAGAACGUCAUCGCCGGUAUCAAGGACUGGCUGGUGGAGGGCUUCAAGAAGCAGAGCCAGGAGGUUGUGGUGGAGCUUUCACGCGCGUCUUGAUUCUCGUGGAGGAAGUGAAAUCUAACAGAAUAUAUUCUAGAAGUAUGAUGGACUGAUCAGUAUGCGGUGAAGACCUCUUGGCUUCUUCAUAUAUAUAUAGAGGUGGAAAGAAAUGAAUGCAGUCU